AUGGUGUUGCUUGAUAAUUCCAGCUUUAUAUUGCGGCUUGAGAAGAUUGCUAAUAACGCAAGAAAUGAUUCUUCAUUCACGGUAACAUUCAAACGGUACGAUGGACACGACCGACCCGAGCCGCGGGAAGGAAGACCACCAUUAGCCAAGCCAAGUACUUAUAUGUGCUUAAUGCGCGCCCAGUGCAAGUCAAAAAAGAUUUCUACAGUUCUGCGUCAGGAGGACGUACCGACCAUGAUGGCUAUGUACUCACAAUUUAUGAAGAGCAAAAUGGACGGUCUGAAGCGGGUGAAGAAAGUGAAAAGUAAAGCCAAGAUUGCUAAAGGGUAGGCCUUUACGAAACAAUUUGGAUAUAGUUAAUGCUUUUUGUUGUCUUUUACCAUAUGAACUAAAUACAAAUUUUCCUACUGCAA